AUGGCCCGCGGAGAGGACUGGAGACUGGCGAAAUGGGUAAUAGACAAGGCAAGGAUAAGGUGGGCCACAGGGACGUUCGAGCCCUACAAGGCUGCAGGUCCGGACGGCAUUUUUCCGGCUCUGCUGCAACAGGGCAUGAAUGUCCACAUAUUAGUCCCAGCCUCAGAGAAAUUGUACAGAGCCUGUCUGGCACUAGGAUAUGUGCCGGAAGAAUGGAGACAGGCAAGGGUGGCUUUCCUGCUCAAACCAGAUAAAACACAACACGCGGUCGCAAGGGACUUCAGGCCAAUCAGCAUGACCUUGUUUUUACUCAAAACUCUAAAAAGGCUGGUUGACAGAUAUAUCAAAGAGUCAUCACUAGUAGAAGCGCCGCUGCACAGCAAGCAGCAUGCCUACAAGACAGGAAAGUCAGUGGACACAGCGUUGGUAGACGCGGUUAGCUUCAUACAAAAGGGCAUGAAAAACAGGGGUUUGGUAUUGGUGGCUUUCCUGGACAUCGAGGGGGCUUCAGCAGGUAUGGAGGAACAUGCAAUACCAGCAACUGUCGCCAGGUGGAUCAGCGUUAUGCUGAAUACCAGGACGAUAGUGGCUGUCUGGGUAGCGUACUCUUGCAAAGGAUUAGUAAGACGACGAGGACGUGAUAUCAGGUCUAAUGCAGUUUGCAAUGGGCCUGGUGGAGAAAUGGUGUGA